AUGGCCACCAGGGCAGCUCACAAAAGGUUGACCAGAGAAUAUCAGAACAUCCAAGCAAAUCCUCCACCUUACAUCGUUGCACAUCCUUCCGAAUCGAAUAUCUUAGAAUGGCACUACAUCCUUACCGGGGCGCCCAACACGCCGUAUGAAGGCGGCCAGUAUUGGGGCUCGCUGGUAUUCCCGCCCGACUACCCCUUCGCACCACCCGCUAUCCGGAUGCACACUCCUAGUGGCCGAUUUCAACCGUCCACAAGACUAUGUCUGAGCAUCAGUGAUUUCCACCCCAAAUCGUUCAACCCGGCCUGGUCAGUGUCAACUAUCUUGAUCGGUCUUAUGUCAUUCAUGAACAGCGAGGAGAUGACGGCCGGCAGUACAGGGGGGACUCCUGCCGAGCGAAAAUGGUACGCUGCAAGAUCGAGGUGGUGGAAUUCUACUGGCGGCGGAUCGGCUUCCAAACCGGUCCCAGGCGUCCAUGCCAGUGCAAGAGGAGUAGGGAAUAUAAAAGCUGGGGACGGUGGCAUCAAAUUCAGAGCAGAAUGGCCUGACGAAGACAGAGAGAACUGGGCGUGGAUCAAACAACACCGCAUUGAUCCUGCGACAGGGCAAAUGCUCCCCGAUGCAGAAGGUGAAAACAUCAAUUGCUCUCCGGAAACCAAAGCACUGCGGCGGAUAUUGGGAGGUAGUACUACGGGUGUUGGAGCGGUGGUUCAAGGAGGCCAGGCUGCCCGAAACGCAGGACAAGGCUGGGUUGGGCGAAACAAAAUGUGGUUGGUGGCCGGCUGCUUGGUGGUGUAUUUCAUGAUAGCCCGCAUAUUGGGUGAGGAUGAUGGUGUAUCAUGA